CUGCACUCCUCUCCCUUUGCCCGCUCACUUUCGUCCAUAAUCGAGUCCCAGACUCCUACCUGAGCUACACUCACCUCGAACAAGCUGAGCCGAAAAAUCAACGCGCAUUGUACUGCCUCGUUCACCAUCCUGAAGCCUUGCGUCCAGGUGCUCAAUAUAUUUUAUUUAUCUGGUGACCGAGAUGAAAAACACAUUUCCGAUAGGAAGGAACGUGUUCAGCUCGAGAAAUGAGUAUAAGAGACAAUGCCUCGCGACACUCGUUACACCAACAAUGAACCCGAUGGUACACCCUUUCAAGAGCUCAUCAUGUUUCCGACCUUGGCCCCUCAGCUUGCACGUCCUCAGCAUGCCGCACCGCCGCGUGCUCCCCCCAACGGAGCUGGUGCUGCUGCUCCAGGAGCGUUGCCUGUCGCUGGCACUGCCGAGGAGAACAACAAUUUGUCUGAUUUCACACCUCCUGAGCGCACCUUCUUUAUCACCGCUAUUCUUUCUUUUCGCGAGUCUUCUGCUUCUCAAGGAUCCAAAGCGAAGCAACCCAAGAAGACUUCCGCGACGAAAACUGGACCAGCCCUCCCUUUGUUCAGUAUGACGCGUUGCGCGGUUCUUCAAGAGGUUCUCAAGCUCCAUGACCUUCAUCAACAUUAUCAGCCCUCCAACGUCUCUGGAUUCCCUGUUGAGAUCUCUUGGCCAGGUUCCCCUGGGGGGAAGACGAAUGCCCCAACUGUCCGGGAUGAUCAAGAGUUCGAAACCAUCAUGACCCAGAUCUAUGAAAAGCGGACGGUCAAGUCUAUUCUUGUCGGGUUUGACCUUGAUCUCCUUGAACCAUUCCGCAUUCGUUCCGCGGUGGCUCUUGAUCCUCGUCUGGCACCUUGGUCUGGUCCUGAGGUACGGUUUGGGACCCAUGUACCACGUCCCGAUAGCUUCUCAGGCGAAGACCAACUCCACGGCGCCAUCAUCAUGGACCUUCGUGAAGAAUGGAAAUGUGAUGAACACGACAAUGGUGCUUGUUAUAAGAAGGAAGAUGAACAUUUUCCUCUCAAUCGUUGGAAAGUGAAGCAUUGGGCCGCCGCAAUUGCGGGAUCUCAGGCCGGUGUCAGCAUGCGUGACCCUCCUCCCACUCUAUUCCGGCCUGACGACGCCAUUCGUAGUCGGGUCAUAAGACCCCGUGGCCGUACCGGCCCUCGUCACCAACGUGCUGGGAGUGACUCAGCUGUUGAGGCGGGCACUAUGAUGUCCGCUUUCUUCUCCUCUUUAUUACAGAAUAAUGUUGCUAUCCCUCCUGUCACUCCGCGGCGCCCCAAGAAACAUUAUCUCAGCCCAGCCUCAUCUCCGGCAGGUCCACCUGAAUCCUCGUCUCCUCUUCCGGCUCAGGAAGAUGAGCUUCGUCUUUGCCUUGAGGCUUUUGGUCGCGCUAAGCCUUCCAUCUCCCCAGAGGAAAUUACGGUUGCGGUAACUGCUCUGUCUGAGAAACAUUACACUGCUGACACUUUGUCAUUUGCUGGAGUUCAACGGCUUGCAGAAGUCACCCAUUUUGCCGAAGGUGAUGUAUGUUCGCUAUUGAAGUUCGCAAAAGAAUGGGUCGGCAAAGUUGAGCACAAGCGAGCUCGUCUGAGCACUUCAAGCCAUCGCUUCUAGACAUGUUGGUCGGUUUUUUAUGAAAUUUGGUUUCCGUGCAAUACUUUAGUCAUUCUUUUAUUCAACACUCCUUCGUACUAUUCUACAUUCCUUUAUCACGCAAUAUAGUCACCAUCAUCUGGAAUAUAACCGCAGUC